GGCGGCGCCCGGCCGGGGCGGGGCUGGGUUCUGUGGCCCGGUCCUUCCCGCUUCCUUCUCGCGGCGGGGCGCUCAGCUCGCGGCCGGCCGGCGGGCGCUCUGUAGCUGCUGUUUCCAUGACGCCCUCCCGAAGGAGCACCGGGUUAGGGCUACCAGGGACUGAGCUGUGUGCAGAUGGAAGGGACAGAGACCCGACAGAGGAGGCUGGAAGGCUACGACAGGUCAGAGGAACCGGGGACAGCUCCCUCCCUCAGCACAGAAAGACUCCCUGAGACCUCAAAAGAUGGAUGUCUGGAAGUCCCUGAGAGCCAGGUGGCCCCCAAACCAUUGGAGGCAGAGCCCAGCGGAGAGACUGCCUUGAUCAUUGGCCUUCAGGUGUUGGUGCCUUUCGUAUUUGCAGGUCUCGGACUGUCCUGGGCUGGCAUACUUUUGAACCAUUUUCAGCACUGGCCUGUGUUUGUGGAGGUUAAAGGCCUUUUGACAUUGGUUCCACCCCUAGUGGGCCUGAAGGGGAACCUGGAGAUGACGCUGGCGUCACGGCUCUCCACAGCUGCCAACACCGGACAAAUUGAUGACCCCCAGGAGAAACACAGAAUCAUCAGCAGUAACCUCGCCCUCAUUCAGGUGCAGGCCACUGUCGUGGGACUUCUGGCUGCAGUGGCUGUCCUGCUGUUGGGUGCUCUGUCUAGAGAGGAGUUGGAUUUGGCCAAGGUGGCAUUGCUGUGUGCCAGCAGCGUCCUCACUGCCUUCCUUGCAGCCUUUGCUCUGGGAAUGCUGAUGGUCUGUAUAGUGGUUGGUGCUCGAAAGGUGGGGGUCAACCCAGACAACAUCGCCACACCCAUUGCAGCCAGCCUGGGUGACCUCAUCACACUCUCCAUUCUGGCGUUGGUUAGCAGCUUCUUCUAUAGACACAAAGACACCUGGUAUUUGACACCGCUGGUCUGCAUUGGCUUCAUAACUCUGAUCCCCCUGUGGGUCUGCAUCGUCAAGCAGAACCCCCCAGUCAUGAAGAUCCUAAAGUUUGGGUGGUUUCCCAUCAUUCUUGCCAUGGUUAUCAGCAGUUUUGGAGGGCUCAUCCUGAGCAAAACCAUUUCUAAACACCAGUACAAAGGCAUGGCCAUAUUUACUCCUGUUGUAUGCGGUGUGGGUGGUAACUUGGUUGCCAUUCAGACCAGCCGGAUCUCCACUUACCUGCACAUUUGGAGCACUCCUGGGAUCCUCCCUCUCCAGAUGAAAAAAUUUUGGCCUAACCCGUGUUCUAUUUUCUGCACCUCAGAAAUCAAUUCCAAGUCGGCCCGAGUCCUGCUCUUUUUAGUGAUUCCAGGCCAUCUCAUUUUCUUCUACAUCAUCUACCUGGUGGAAGGUCAGUCAGUGACCAACAGCAAGACCUUUAUGGUGCUGUAUCUGCUAGCAGGCCUGAUCCAGGUGACAAUCUUGCUGUACCUGGCGGAAGUGUUGGUUCGGCUGACCUGGUACCAGGCUCUGGAUCCUGACAACCACUGUAUCCCGUACCUUACUGGGCUGGGGGACCUGCUGGGGACUGGCCUCCUGGCACUCUGCUUCAUUAUCAGCUGGGUACUGAGGAGCAAAGCAGAACUGGAUGGCAUCUCAGAACUGGGCCCUGAAGCUCCAUGACUGAGCCCAGCAGCUGCAGUGGCUCAUAAUUUUCCCUCACAACAGGGUACAGAAUGCUGUCUCUCCCUUGCCAGUCUUCAGGAUAGUUGACAGUCUGCCUCUGCAGUGGCCUCUGACAUAACUAAGCAGACUCACACAAACUUGGACUUGGUUUGGUAGCUGAGCCCUGAAACCAGAAACCCUGCUCGUGAGUGUAAAUGUGAAUUUGCACAUGUGUGUGCAAAGCAGUGUUCAGGCCUGAAGAUGGCUCAGGAAAGACAGGUCUGGUGUCCGUGUCCUGGUUCAUGCCUAUGCAGCCCAGAUUCAGACGAAGGAAGAGGGAGCUCCUUUGUGUUGCCAGGUUGCAGGACUACACUGUGGCUUAACUGCUGUCUUAACUAGGUUCCAGCUUUCAGCCCUACUAUGUGCACCCUCCUCAAGGCAGGCUUUGCAUUCCUCUCCUCUGCUCUCAGCAUUUAAGUUUGUUGCUGCUUUUUCUUUAUUUACCUAUUUAAUUUUUUUUUAGCACAACUUUCUGUUUAGGUUUCAGUGAUCAGAUAAGUAUAAAAUAAAACAUGAUAUUGUA